AUGGUGGGCUUCCAGGAAGAGGAGGCCCUCAAGCUGAGUCUGGCCCAGCCGUGGCAGUCCCGGGGUUGGGGUAAGGACGGCCAGAGUCCUCGCGGCUCUCCCGCCCUGGGCUUCACAAGGUCACCGGGACAUGGACUCUCAGACACCAGACCAGAGUUCAGGGGAGCCCGGGCCCGCGCGGGGCAGUCCGCCGCCGCCGAUCCGCGCGGAAGCGCUCCACGGCCUCGUGAGGGCGCACCGGGCCGCCGCCCCUCUGGACCCCGGGCUGGGCGCGCCCUGGGAGGCCGGGUGGAAGUGGCCGCCCUGGGGUCCCCCUGCCCCCCUCCGAGGGCCCCGCCGCUUCCGCUCAUCCUGGAGCGGUCGGGAGAGCCGGGACGCACCGCCAGCGCUCUACGUCGCCGACCCCACCCCCUCUGGAACCUCCUGCUCCUGCUAUGGACCCUCCUGAACUGUGGUUUGGGAGGCAGUGCUCAGGGUCCAGGGGAGUGGACACCAUGGGGUUCCUGGAGCCGCUGUUCCAGCUCCUGUGGGCAGGGACUCUCUGUGCGAAGCCGGCGCUGUGUCCGGUUCCCCAGGGAAGAGCUGUGCUGGGGGGACACCCAUGAGUACCGCCUCUGCCAGCUGCCAGACUGUCCCCCAGGAGCCAUGCCCUUCCGAGACCUCCAGUGUGCCCUCUACAAUGGCCACCCUGUCCUGGGCCCCCAGAAGACUUACCAAUGGGUGCCCUUCUAUGGUGCGCCCAACCAGUGCGACCUCAACUGCCUGGCCGUGGGACAUGCCUUCUACCACAGCUUUGGCCGCGUCCUGGAUGGUACUCCCUGCAGCUGGGGUAGCCGGGGACUCUGCGUGGCUGGCCGCUGCCUUAACGCCGGCUGUGACGGUUUGAUGGGCUCGGACGCCCGCGAGGACCACUGUGGUCGCUGCGGCGGCACCAACGACUCGUGCCUCUUCGUGCAGCGCGUGUUCCGUGACACCGGAGCCUUCGCAGGAUACUGGAACGUGACUCUGAUCCCCGAGGGCGCCAGGCACAUCUACGCCGCCCAUCGGAGCCGAAACCACCUGGCGCUGAUGGGGGGCGACGGGCGCUACGUGCUCAACGGCAACGGGGAGGUGAGCCCGUCCGGGACGUAUGAGGCGGCGGGCACCCGCGUGGUCUACACCCGCGCUGCGGGGCCGGAGGAGACGCUGCGCGCGGCCGGACCCACGUCCCAAGACCUGCUCCUGCAGGUCCUCCUGCAGGAGCCCAAUCCCGGAAUUGAGUUCGAGUUCUGGCUCCCUAGGGAGCGCUAUGGCCCCUUCCAGGAGCAGGCCCAGGCCCUGGGCUGGUCCCUGAGGCAGCCGCAGCCUCUGGAGGUGGAGCCCCAGUCCCUUGAGCCCCAGGAAGCCCUGGCUGCUUUCCCCACACGGACCCCAAAGCCCACCCCAGAUCCCUGCCCACCCUGUCCCGACACCCGCGGUCGUGCCCACCGGCUGCUCCACUAUUGCGGCAGUGACUUUGUGUUCCGGGCUCGAGUGCUGGGCCACCUCCGCCAGGCCCAGGAGACCCGCUAUGAGGUGCGUGUGCAGCUUGUCUACAAGAACCGCUCGCCACUGCAGUCCCUCGAGUAUGUGUGGGCACCUGGCCGCUGCCCCUGCCCACCAAUGGCCCUCCAUCGAGAGUACCUGCUGGCUGCCCAGCGCCUUGUCAACCCCGAUGGCACUCAGGACCGGCUGCUGCUGCCCCAUGCUGGCUACGCCCGGCCCUGGAGCCCCGCCGAGGACAGCCGAGUUCGCCUGGCUGCCAGACACUGCCCUGUCUGAGCCCCCAGACAAGAAAGAUGUGCCUGACCAGGCUCAAACUCAACCUAUUUCCUCUCUUGCCUGGCUUCCAAGGAGCUCAGAACUAUCUCCCACCACAGCUAUGUACCUCUCCCUCACACAUUUACACACCUUUGCGUACCGUCAGUCAGAUCCACUCUCACAGUAGGCAGGCGCUGAUGAGAAAACACUGAAUUGCUUCUUUAACUGAUUUCUUCUCUCACCCUGACUGCCAGGAAACUGAUAGCUUUCUUUUACUCAAAAACUUUGUGUCUACUUUUAUUCCCCUUGCCUCACACUCACUUGCUUAGAGACGCUCUCACAUGCAAGCAGGGCCCAUAGAAAGACAUGCCUAAGGAGACAUUGUAAUGUAUCCGUUUCCCCUCUUGCCUUGGCUACCAGGAAGCUCCUCACUAUGUAACUCCCUGAAACUCUGUGCCCUCUUCUUGCUGCCAUUUACCCAUUCACCACAAUGUAUUCAGAGACAUUGUCACAGACAGACAUACCCACUAGAACACAUGCCUAACUAGGCACUGUAACACACUCAUUUCCCCUUUUGUGCUGACUACCAGAAGGCUCCGAGAUCAUCUUUUCUCUUUCAAUUUUGUAUUGAUUUCAGGUGUACAGCUUAGUGGUUAGACAAUCAUAUACUUACAUAGUGCUCCCUUUGGUAUUUCCAGUGCCCAAUUAGCAUCAUACAUAGUUAUCAUAAUAUUAUUGACUAUAUUCCUUAUGGUUUACUUUACAGCCCCAUGACUAUUCAAAGAUAAUUUUGACAACCUCAGCAAUUCUAGAAGGGGUUCCUCCAGGCCAUGCUGCUGUUCACCCCUUUUAUAUUUCUACAUAGUUUUUACAAGCAAUUUUUUAAAACAAGGGCAUACUUGGCCACAGAAAUGUGUGGAUGCACUGGUGGUAGUGGGAUCCACAACUGUGCUCUCACAGCGUGUACACAUGUGAUCUCACAAACCCCAUCCCCUCUACCUGGUCUAUUCCCCACCUCCCUUCAGAAUGUCUGACACUUUUUGGGAGGGGAGGACAGGGACUAUAUGAGGAUGGGGGGUGAGUACGGGGUAAACAUGGCUUUUAUAGGUCCCAAGCCUCUUCUCCAGGCCUGCUUGGGGGCCACGCAUUCAUCUCAGGCCUCCCCAGCAAAGGAAGCAGCCAGAGCCCCUCCCCUCAGGCCAUCCUCAUCUUCCUGUGUUGUCAGAGAUUCUCUUCAUUUAUUCUUCUGGAGCAAGAGGGCAGACAUCAGUCAUGUGAGAAGUGAGGGCGUGUGGGGGGUGGCUCAGCAAACCCUCCCCCACUCUGGGUGAGGGCGCUGUCUUCUGCCUCCCCGUUCCUGAUAGGGUGUCCCACACUCAUUUUGGGACAAUCUGCUCUUCUGUACUAUCAUGGCUGUGUUUUUCCUGGUAGCAUGGAUACUGGCAGUGGGCAAGGGGCACACAAUAUGCAGGUCUCAGAGCUGGAUGGGCUCAGCCCCUGACUUUGCAGAUGACCUGAGGCCAGACCACUCCCCUCUCCUGGCCUUAGUUUCCCGGUCUGUGAGUACCCUUUCAGCGCUUCCUGGCUCUGAUCAUGGGAAUCACACUCUUCUGGAUUCCUUCCCUAGCCCCUCAGUUCACUCAUGCAUUCCUCCAACGGGUAUUUAUUGAGUGCCUACUGUAUGCCAGGGGCCCAGCAGUGCUUAGAUCAUCCCAGGCCUGGCUCUGUCAUCUGCAACGAGUGCUGAAGCUGGAGAAACCUCAGAGCCCCAACUUUCGUGGGCAAAGUGGGAUGCAGUUCUGGAGGGAGGUGUGGGGCCUGGGCGCCCACUGGUGGCAGGAUGGGGGAAAGGUAUUCAAGGCACUGGUUACCUGCAGCCCUGAAGGGCCCUAUGCUUAUGUACCUCCUCCUCCACACCCACUUCUCUCAUCUGCAUUUGCUUUCCUCAAGAAUGCCUCUCCUCACCCACCAGCCUUACACCAGCAUCCACUUACGGCUCCAUUCUUCCCACCACUGGCCUGAGGUUGUCCCCUCUGCCUCCAUGCAGUAUGGGGAUAUGUCUGGGAAUAAGGGUCUCAGGCCUUCUCAGCCCCAGAACUCCUAAUCCCAAAGCAUCUGGACUGGCUGACGAGAGGCGCCUGCUCCUGGGAAGGGCCAGGACAGAGUCUCCUCCGGCAGGCAGGGUGGCCUGUGGCCUAGAGCAGUGACUUCCCCAGCCCUUCACAGCUCCUCCUGUAAUGGUCUUGUAACACUCCCAGUAAACAUGCCAUUGUUUUGA